AUGUCUGAACACCAAGCUCAGGACUUACUUGUACAAGCUGAAAAGAAACUCAACAGUUGGACUUGGUUUAACUCAACAAGCAAACAAGAAGACGCUGCAGAGAUAUAUGAAAAAGCAGGCAACACAUUCAAGUUAGCACAGAGGUGGAGAGAUGCCGGUGGUGCUUUUGUCAAGGCAGCUGAACUCUACAAGGCAACACCUGAACUACAGCACGAAUCGUCCAAGUCGUUUGAGAACGCUGCCAAAUGUCUAAAGCGAAUAGAUGCACAGGCUGCCAUAGAGGCCUUGAAGAAUGCGAUUGAAGUAGAUAAGCAAUCUUCCAAUUUUAGAAAUGCAGCCAAACACUAUCAAGAAAUAGCCGAGAUUUAUGAGUCAGAAAUGAUUGAUUUACGAGGAGCCAAAGAACAUUGGGAAAAGGCUUCACAUCUGUAUAUGGCCGAUGAUUCACCAGCGAUGAUAAACAAGUGCCUCUUAAAAGUGGCUCAUUUUGCAGCACAAUUAGAAGAAUACACGAUUGCCAUCGAUCAUUUUGAGCGAGUAGCAACGGAUUCUAUAGAUAACCAACUGACGAAAUGGUCUAUCAAAGAAUACCUUUUGAAGGCUGGACUAUGUUCGAUGUGUACUGGGGACAUAGUAAAAACCCGUCAACUGAUGCAAAAGUAUUGUGCUUUGGAUUUGUCAUUUGAAAAUACGCGUGAAUAUCAAUUUCUAGAGGGUAUUUUAUACUGUCAAGAAAACAAUGAUCAAGACUUGUUUAAACAAAAGAUAUACGAGUUUGAUCAAACUUCUAAACUAGACAAUUGGAAGAUAAGUGUCUUGUUGAAAAUAAAAAAUGUCAUGAUGGUCUCUUUCAAGUAG